GCGCCGGCUUGCGCGCUCUGCGUGUGACGUCACGCUUUCAUAUAAAAGCGUGCGCGCAGCGGCGGCUCGGUCUCUUCCCACGGCCGCUGGACAACAUGGCGCCGCAGAAAGACAAGAAGCCUAAGAAAUCAACCUGGAGGUUUCAUUUGGACCUUACUCAUCCAGUAGAAGAUGGAAUUUUUGAUUCCGGAAAUUUUGAACAGUUUCUACGGGAAAAGGUUAAAGUCAAUGGAAAAACUGGAAAUCUUGGAAAUGUUGUUCACAUUGAACGCUUGAAGAAUAAGAUCACAGUUGUUUCUGAGAAACAGUUUUCUAAAAGGUAUUUGAAAUAUCUUACCAAGAAAUAUCUUAAGAAGAAUAAUCUUCGUGAUUGGCUUCGUGUGGUUGCAUCUGACAAGGAGACUUACGAACUUCGUUACUUCCAGAUUAGUCAAGAUGAAGAUGGAUCAGAGUCUGAGGACUAAUUGGCCUUUGUAUGCUUAAAGAAAACACCUAAAAUUGGGCUUUGUUAACAAAUAAAAAUCAUUGAACCCUGAGAAA